AGCAGCAUGGUGGAGGUGGGCGAGAGUGGCGAGCUGAUGCCGGGAGCCGCCACGUCCAGCCUCCACCUCUUCCCUGGCGCCCUCCAGAACUUGGCGCCCUGGGAUGGCCCUGCGCCACUAGCCUCUAUGGGUAAGACACACCUGUGUAGAAUCAUUCUUAAACGCCCCUGAAUCAUUUCUGCCCGUUUCCAAAUGUAUCUAUGCACGUGUCUGUAAGGAUAUACACAAUUAAACCAUUCAGCUAGCCGAGCGCUCACUAGACAGGUGGAUAUGACCAUUUAUGUCCCAGCGUUCACUAGGGGAGCAAUUUGUAUAAAUAACUUUUCCAGCCAAUAACACCCAAGGUAAAGCAGCAACAAAUUGGACUGGGUUCUGGGGCUCCUUGUGAGAUUUGUGGUUGUCGUUCCCAUUCUUCUGUAACGCUUACAAACGGCCUGAUGUUCGAGCCUCUUGCAAACCGAGGCGCUUGGUUUAUCUAACAGUGCAGCACUUUGGGAAGAAAAGCAGCCUCGGCAACCACCUGUUAAAUGCCCGGCUCAUUAAUCAAGCAGCUUUUCCCAAUAAAUGUUGCCAUGUAAACGCCCUUGGCCUUCUCCUUGAUCUUUGCAUUACUUGACAGCCUACGCUGGAUGCACAGACCUUCUGCAAAUCGUUGGAUGGUGAAUAUUAUGCUGCCGUUUUCCAGCUCAAGGACCUACCAAGCAUUCUGCAGUACAAUGAGGAGAGCUCUACUUCCAAGCCUUCUCCUUACUGUCACCGGAAUCCACCUCACCAGAAGCCAUACCUCCCAACCUGUGGGUGAAAGCACUGCACGCUUGGCAGGGGAUUUGACCCGGGUUCUAUCUGUCUCCCAGGAAAAUGAGAACAUUCUCUGUUCUCCACUUGGAGUUUUGUUGGCCCUCGGGACAAUCCAUUUAGGAGCCAAGGGAAAAGCACGUGAUGAGAUCAGGCAACUUCUCAACCUGCAAGGAAAUGAUGGUGAAGCCUUCGCGCCGCUUCAGACACUGUUCUCCGUCCCCUCAGAAGGAAAGGCAUUUACAUUUAAUCUUGCCAAUGCCCUCUACCUUCAAGAAGGAUUCAUGGUGAAAGAACAGUAUCUCCAUAGCAACAAGGAAUUCUUUCAGACAGCUGUAAAGCUGGUGAAUUUCCAAGAUACGAAAGCUUCCGCAGAGGCCAUAAGUACUUGGGUAGAAAACAAAACAGAUGGUAAAAUCAGGAACCUUGUGGCAAGUGGCGACCUUGGUCCCUUGACCAGACUUUUGCUGGUGAAUGCCCUUUUCUUCAAAGGGGACUGGAAGCAGACGUUCAAAGCAGAGGACACCAGUUUGAUGCCUUUCACUAAAAGUGACGGUUCUGUGACUGAGAUACCGAUGAUGCAUCUUCAGCUCACGGCAAAGCUUGGUCAUUUCUCUGACCAUAACGUGAGCUACCAAGUCUUGGAGCUGCCGUACAAAGGAGAGGAAUUCAGUUUUGUGCUGAUCCUUCCAGCAGAAGAUGUGCCUGUAGAAAAGGUAGAGAAACUCAUUACAGCCCAGCUGAUGAGAAGCUGGUUUGCUGAGAUGGAAGAGGACGAGGACGUAGAUAUCAGCCUUCCUAGGUUUAAAAUAGAGCAAAUGGUGGACUUGAAAGAGAUUAUCCAGCCUCUCAACGUUACUGAGAUUUUUAAUAAUGGCUGUGACCUUUCUGGAAUAACAGAUUCUGCUGAUGUCCACGUUUCUAAAGCCAUUCAAAAAGUCUGUUUUGAGGUGCAUGAAGAUGGGAGUGAAGCAGCAUCAUCUGCCGGCAUGCAUUUGACAGCAAUCAUGAGCCUGUCCCACAAGCAGGUUGUGGCAAACCGACCAUUCCUCUUUAUCCUGAGACAUAACUCGACAGGCCCAACAAGAUUGACAACUCUUUCCAUAGAAUCAACUACUCCAGGCAAUCCUGUCAUAGAAGUUAUAGAAAGGUCCAUUGUAUUUAUGGGGAAGCUGGCCAAUCCUGACAUGCAGCAGCAAAAGAGAAGAGAUAGAGACUCCCUUUAAAAAGUAAUAAGAAUCACACUAAGGUCAUAUGUGCUUUGAGGGGGAGAUGGAAGUGCGGUUUCUCUUAUUGCUGUUGCCUGUUGAAUAUUCUCUCUGCACCUCAUAUAGCAAGGUUGAAUAAACCAUUUCUGCAUGUACUGUUCAUUUCUAGCUUCUCUGUAAAUUAUUUUAUGUACUUUGGAUGCUCUCAAGUACUCCGGGUAAUUAUAGAAGAUUCGUAAAGUGGAUAUUUGAAAGGAACGAUGUGCACUUCAAGAAGCAGCUAUAUACAAGAGAUCUUACUGUUUCUGAUCUAAACCAUAAAGGGAAAAAGAGAAAAACAAUUCUCAUGCCUUUCUAAGUUCUCAUGGAAAUUUUCAAAUGGCAAGCUCUUCCGUUUUGAUUGUACCUUGACAGUUAUUGCUUCAGCCUACGUGCUGCUCUGCUUUGCUAGCAAACGGGUAAGAAAUAAAAACAAAAUCCUUCAAUCCAUUGGCGAUGAUGAGAUAAACAAAAAGGAGAUUUUGAAAAAGAAUAUACUGUUACUAUUUCUGCAUUUUUUAAAAAAAACACAAGAAAACAAAGUAUAUGUGGAUUUUGAAUCCAUGCUACAAAACUUUUCUUUUCUCUGCCUUUUAUAACUGCAGGGUCUGUUUUCCUUCAGCUUUCUUGGGCUGGGACCAUGUUUGAAGAAGCCCUGGAAAAUAAUUGACACCCAGGCCUGCCUAGCAAUACCAUGGUUUAUCCCACCAAAGUAGGAUUACAAAAGGGUGGGUGAUGGGGCUUGGGUGAACAUCAUGAUUUGAUUUUUUAUACCUAGAGGUUAGCAGAGCAUAGACAACAGAAGGGUAUCCCUGUCCAGCUGGGCCAUCUGCCCAAACUGAUGGAAGACACUCUGCACCACCAAGAGCCUUAAGACACUCUGCACCACCUGAGCCUUAAGCGACAGCCAUGGAUCCAUUGAUCCUCUAAGCCAGGCAUCCCCAAACUGCGGCCCUCCAGAUGUUUUGGCCUACAACUCCCAUGAUCCCUAGCUUAGAGGACCAGUGGUCAGGGAUGAUGGGAAUUGUAGUCCAAAACAUCUGGAGGGGCGAAGUUUGGGGAUGCCUGCUCUAAGCUGCAUACCUGCUCCUUCAGAGAGAGUAACCCCAUCAAGAGCAGGCAACCAUCCACGUGGUCUAGGGAACCACCCAACGCAGAGUGUCCCAGUCUUAUCUGGAUCGAGCCUCAGUUUGUUGGCUCUCGUCCAGUCCAUUACAGAGGCAAGACAACAGUCCAGCACAUCCACUGCCACACUGGGGCAAGCAGUGUUGCUCACACCUGUACUAAGAAGGGAAGUAGCAGGUGAAGUACCUGAAGCAACCGCCAUCUUUCUUUCCCCAGAAUGCUCCUGGAUCCCACAGGUAGAGUAAUGCAGACAGCCAGGUGCUUCUCACUACUUCUCAGUCCCUAAACAAAUUUAUUUUAUUUUAUUCAAAGGAGAUGUUGGUGUUAGCCUGUGGGUCCUAACAUUUCCCCUGCCAUACCAGGUGUUGGCACUGGGCCUAAGAGCAAAAGAUCCUACUCGACUGCCUGCCUGCCACUCUCGCACCUGCCACCUACCCCCUUUUCUCUCAGCCUAAUAAUGUGCUUUCUCUGACUAGCUGUUGCUUCC